CUAUUGUAAAAUUGAUUUUUUGCUAAGAAAACUGCUUAAACAUGCAUACAUACUUUUAUGAAUGCAUUUAGAAAUGUAAGAUGAGAGGAAAAUGACAGGAGGGUACUGGACUACAUCACAAUCACAGAACCAUGACGAUUGGAAAAGGCCUUUAAGGUCAUCAAGUGUAACCCCCAACCUAAAACUGCCAGGUUCGUCAUCCAUUGGUGAGGUUUUUUUCUCCCAAUUAUUGAGGAUUUGAUGCAGAAGAAUAAACUAAAUAUUUUGGCCAAAGUAUUUCUAACUCUUUUCUCAGGUGUCUAGCUUGACUGCUUAGUAUAUGCGUGAUGCGGAGAAGGAUUCUUUGAAAGGGAAGUGCUCAGUCUAAUAUACCAACCAGUAAUUGUCACUGUCGAUUGGAGGUUAAAAAGCAGCAGCAGUGUGUGUAGUUAAUAUUGCUAGUAAGAGUGUUUAAUAAAUAUAGUAGCUGGAGAGGGCUAAGGAAUCUCAUAACAAAGCUGUAGGAAAGAAUUACAUUAGCCUAUAAACACUGGUCUGCAGCAGAUAUGUGUGUUUCUCCCGUGGCUUGCACAGUAAGUUUUGUCCUUGUGCUUCAGAGUGUCUCCAAUGCGACUGUAGCCUGUUGUAACCUGUGUGAUACUGAAAAUACACAGUCCCCCCACCCCAAAUUAUAGGUGUAUUAAUUUCUCUGUAAAAAAAAAUAUUUUUUUUGCUUUUUAGAGUCACUCUGAUGGUUCAGCUGAAUAGCUUUCUACUUUUUUUCUUCUGUUUUAAUGCUUUGCAGUACACUACAUGAAUUUCUCAGUACCGUGACAAACUUCCCACUUUACAAUUUCAGUCUUACAGUGACACUGAUGAGUGCUUCCAAAGCUGACAUACUGAUUGCUCUUCAAAUGUUGUGUGCAAUUUUUCAAUGAUGUAAAACAGACGGUCAUGUUUAAAAAAUGUCUCGGACCUGUUUGUGAUGGGAGGAGCUCUUGUUCUAGAAUCGGCAGCUCUUUUGCACUGGCUAGAGAGAGAAGGCUAUGGACCGCUAGGGAUGACUGGAAUAUCCAUGGGAGGACAUAUGGCUUCACUGGCAGUGACAAACUGGCCUAAACCAUUGCCAUUGAUUCCGUGUCUUUCCUGGUCAACAGCUUCUGCAGUCUUUACUACGGGUGUGUUGAGCAAAGCAGUGAACUGGAGAGAGCUAGAGAAACAGUAUUUUACACAAACGGUUUAUGAAGAAGAAAUCAUUCAAAUGCUUGAAUACUGUGGAACAGAUUCUUUCAAGAUGGGACAAGACUUUGUUAAAAACUUCCCUGAUGAUGUGGACAGUCUGGAGGAUGUGGAUGUGACUUCCAGAAUGUUUGACCUUGAUUCCUCAAACAAGACUAUAUCUAAAGAAGCUGUUCACAGCUUUACCACAAACAAAAGUACUCUAAGUGCCUCAUCAGAAAGACUCUUAAUACAAGAUACUUCUAAAACACAGUGCGUAAAUCAAACAUUUUCAGCUAGUAGCAUUAGCAGUAAAAACAUAACCAGCCCACAAGGACACAGGAUAAAUAUAAGAAGAAAGAAUGAGACUUUACAGAGAGAAUCCUUAAGGUUCAUGAAAGGAGUAAUGGAUGAAUGUACCCAUGUAGCUAACUUCUCAGUUCCAGUGGACCCAAGUUUAAUUAUAGUUGUACAAGCUAAGGAGGAUGCAUAUAUCCCUCGAACUGGUGUGCGUAGUCUUCAAGAAAUCUGGCCCGGAUGUGAAAUUAGGUAUCUGGAUGGAGGUCAUAUCAGUGCCUACCUCUUCAAACAAGGACUCUUCAGACAAGCGAUUUAUGAUGCAUUUGACCGCUUUCUUCAGAAAUACACGGUUUAAAAACCUUCACAGUGUAUUCAAACGGAUCUCAUUUGCACUUCUGCUUACUGGAACUCAUAUUUGGAAAACAAGCCUCUUGCAGUGUUGAGUAGAUGGUCACUGACUGUUGUAGAUAACUACUGUAAAAAAUUGUCAAGUACCAGCAUUACUUUUAUUUCAACCAAAUACCAUUCUGGCACACUUGCUUCAGCUUUGCCUGUGGAAAAAAAACAAUGGCAGCAUUUGUUAGUGCGGAAUAGUUCACGUACUUCAUCUUUAAUCACAUUGUGAAUUCCUUUAAUUUGGAAUAAAUUCUGAAUUGUGUAUCAGUUGAAAACAGACCAACCUCACUAUUGAAAUAAUGUAAACCUUCUGUUAGGAGUAAGACACUGUCUUCCAUUUAGUGUAUUCUGAGUUUAUUCCAGAUAGUUGGGUUUCCUCUUGCUUCCUCAUCCCUUUGCUCUUCUAUUGUUUUGUACUAUGGCUUUGCCAGCACUUGGCCUCUUGUAUUUGUCACCGAUUUUCUCUAAUGUGAGUUUAAAAUGGGCUCUAAUGGAAGGGGCAGCAUCAAAUUCUGCAAAAAGAGGCUUCAAGUUUGAAUGAGUGAGACAGAGAGAUUUCAUUUGAUGUAUCCGUGAGGUUUUUUUUCUGCCAUUGAAUUAAGACUGUGCCAUUCCAGAAGAAUCAUAUAGCAAUUCAUUCAUCAGUUUCACAAAAAAAGUGGAAUAAGUGAAAAUGGAGUCUCUUAAUACUUAAUUGUUUACAUGCAGAUAUCAUAAACUUUUUAUUCUAGACUAUUUUUAUAGUGCUAGAGGAAAUAAAAAUAAUUUUUCUUUAGAACCAAUGGCAUAGUGAGUCUGUUUCUAAGUAGUUAUGUCAACAACAGAUUAUAUGGUGCUGUAAAGACCUGUUGGAAAUGUAUCAACAGAGGUCCUUUUAAAAGUGCACUCAAUGUUGAUAUGCAAAAUGCAGUUUCCCUGUAUUAAAAAUGUGAGACUGAGGAUUGUAGAAAACAGUUUGGUUAGCUUCUUAUUUUUCAAUGCUAUUUUUUUAAUUAGAAGGAAAAUUUAAAAAAAAAAAAUAGAUUAUUAAUGCAUUUAAGAAGAUCCAGAGUCUAUUGUUUCCUCUUUUGAGAUGAAAAAUACCAUGAAAUUACAUUAGAAUAAAAGAUUGCCAUGCAUCAGCCGUAUAUAAUAUUUGUCCACAUCUUUUUUUGUGGUAUCUCCUAUAGCAUUCUUUUAAAGCCAGUUUGCAGAGAAGUUGAAAAGGGAAACACUUCAAUAUUAUUUUUAGUGCAGUAAUGACCAGAGGUACACAGAAGCAAACAGAAAAAUCUGUUUAUUGGCAUAUGUGACUUCUACACCUUUCAAAUCAAGUGCUUCAUUGAUCUAUGUGGUUAGAGUAAUAGUUUUUAAUAGGCAGAGUGUGAAGCAAAGCAAGCUCGCUUUAUAUAAGUACAUUCUCUUGAAUUUUAAUCUGGCAGAGAGAUCUAGUAACCAGAAAGAAAUCAUGGUUCACUUGAAAAUAUGUUUAAGUAAAACUUAACAGUUUAUAAUAACCCAAAUUAUUUGAUAUGAAUUUACUGAAAAUGCAGAAGAAGUGAUAUUCUGUUAGAAGUUAAUUUGCUUUUUCAAGUGUUUUGUCAUCCUUUCUUUAGGCAGUGUUUGUUUUAAAUCUAUUUGGAAAAGGUGUGAAGUGACUGGCACAUUUAAAUAUAGUAAAACACUGAACGUUGGAAGGUUUUUAAGUAAACUUAACAAAUUUAAAGAUGAAGACUUCAAUACUAUGCUACAUGAUGUAUGGAAUUUAUGUUUUACAAGACCAUUGUCUGCUGUCACCAACUUUUUUAGCUCUCAUAUUUUCAAUGUAUUUGUGUGUUUUAUGUCCCGUUUGUGUUGCAGCUGUGAGAAAGGGAGAUAACUGAUGGCAACGGAAAGGGCUUGAAUAAAUGGAAGAGUGAAAAGACAGAUUUUUGUAAAGUGGGGAUUAAACACACACACAAAAAAUCAACUUCUCUACGCUACAAAGUAUAAUAUGACAAAGUACCUUCAAAGUGCCCAAUACUAGAAGUUAUACAACUGAUGGGAACUUGACCACUUAAGGUUAGUGUUCUGUUGAUGUUACCAACAAGGUUUAACUUGCCAAAGGGGCAAUCACAGAGGUAGAUUUCUGUAACUCCUGUUGGUGUGGGAGCAUCUUUUGAGAAUAAGCAGUGAAAGCCUGGUCUUUGACAAGAAUGAGAAAUCACACUUUGUUAUGUAACUAAAGUAAUGUGGACAAAUAUGAAAGCCUAGGAAGAAGCAUUUAAGGAAUUUCUCAGGUUAGAAUAAUGAAAAGGAAAAAUGAGCUCUGUGGUCUGUUUCUGCCAGUUACCAGGCAGAGGAAGCUUUUAGCUGGUCUGUGAAGGGGGAAAUCUUGGUGUGUAAAUGUUUUUAACCUUUGGAAAAUUGACUUUUUAAUUCACAUUUUAAAGUUAAAUCUUAAGAAAGCAUUAUUAAUAAUCCAUUUUGAUGUUAAAUGAGAAUGUGAUUUUAAUGCAACCACUGCAUGAGAAAAAUAUCAGAAUAAGAUUCCUGCACUAAAUAAAAACAGCAGACAAGCCUUUCUGUGUGUCAAAUUUACGGUAAAACUGGCCUUGAUUUUUUUUUCUUGUAAUAUUUUUCAAUAAAAUUCUAAGAAAACAGA